AUGCCGGGCGCCCUGUUUCUCUGCCUCCUAGUGUCUUCUGUAAUCGCUGCAGAAAAAGACAGCGCCCUUCCCAGACUGAAUAACACCAAAGAUGUUGAAGCCUUCAUCGACUCUGCUGAAGUGGUGGUCAUCGGAUUCCUAGAGGGAGAGGAGAGUUAUGGCUAUAAAGAACUGGUGGAGGCUGUGAAGCAAGUCAGCUCUGUCCCCGCAGCCAUUUGUUCCAUGAAGGAGGUGUGGGCUGAGUACAACCUCUCCUCGGAUGCCAUCACUCUCUUCAGAAAAGCAGAUAACCACCAGGAGAACCUUGAUCUUUCUGAGGCCAAGAACUUAAAAGCUGACGGUCUUGUAAACUUCAUUUCUGUGAACGAGAUCCGAUACAUCACAGAGUACGGCCAAGUGACAGCAGUGGGUCUGUUCAAUUCAGAGGUGAAGACACAUCUCCUGCUCCUUGCCAACAGGGGGAGCAAAGAUUUUGUUGAGCUCAAGGAGCGACUGGGAGCCCUGGCACCCGAGUACACAGGCAAAUUCUUGUUCGUGCUGCUUAAUGGAGUGCUGAAGUCCAACUUAAAGCCACUCGAGUACUUUGGCCUCAAGCCGAAGGACCUCCCACGAGUUGGCAUCUAUGAUGGUAACUCUGACACGAAGUGGCUUCUACCGGAAGGAGAAAUUUCUACAGAGCGAGUGCGGGAGUUCUGUGAGUCUUUCUUACGAGGAGAACUGAAGGGGAUGAAAGAGGCUGAAGAAAAGCCCAAAACAGAGCUGUAG